GUCCCGCCAGCUCCGAGCCGUCAGUCCGAGGUCGGCAGCCGGUGCCAGAGGUGUCUCCUACUGAGCCACCAUGGCUAGAGGGUGGAGAGGAAUCUUCGUGUCGACCCUGCUGGUGGCGUCUGCCGGCUGUUCAGCGGCGCAGCAGCAGCAGCAGCAGCAGCAGCAGCAGCAGCAGCAGCAGCAGCAGCAGCAGCAGCAGCAGCAGCAGCCGGCCGCCCUGCCCAGCACCACUGCCGACCAGGUGUUCAGCAUCAUCGCUAGAGCAGUUCAGCAAGAGCUUCGGCCAGUCGUCAGAAGAAUCGAGUCACAAGUGGAGUCGCUGGACAAAGUCGUCAAAAAGCUCGAGUCCCGUGUGGAGUCGCUGGACAACAGACUGACUCUGCUCGACUCUCGAGUCACUGAAUGGACCACCCACAUCUUGAGGAGCAGACAGAAUGAGCAGCUGGAAGAGUUGUCCAGUCAACUGACUGGAAUCACUGCGAGACUCGACAGCCAGCAAUCUCAACUGAGCGAGCUCAACACCCAGCUGAGCGAACAGAAAUCCCAACAAGAGGAGACUGCAGUCACAGUGAAUAACGUCACAGCGCAACUGGAUAGCAUCGUUACACAGCAGGGAGAUCAACUCACAGAGACAUCCCAACUGGCUACAAGGCUCGACAACCAGCAAUCACAACUGAGUGAGCUCAACACCCAGCUGAGCGAACAGAAAUCCCAACAAGAGGAGACUGCAGCCACAAUGAACAACAAUACAGAACGACUAGAAUCCAACGUGACUUGGCUGGAAAAGCAGCUAACAAAGGUGUCUGGACUGGCCAACAGGCUCGACAGGCAGCAAUCACAACUGAACCAGCUCAGUGACCAACUGAAUGAGCUAAAAUCAGUUCAGAACGUGACUGCCGUCACAAUGGAUAAUCAUACAACACUUCUUGAUGUCACGACAUCCCAGAUUGUCACUCUAGGGUCCCAGCUGGCUGAAACCAUGAAUAAGACAGCAGUCAUACAGGACAGCAUAGAUCACCUGGCUCCGGAGGUAAAGCAGCUGUCCCCUCCCCGUGAUUGCAGCGACAUUCCUGUCGGCUCCCCAUCUGGAGUUUACCUCCUCAGGCCCAGUGGCGACAUCCAACAACCAUCCGUCCAGGCGUACUGCGACAUGAGCACUGCCCGAGGGAGAUGGACGGUGAUCCAGCGGAGAGACGACAUCCAGCCCCACCAGGACUUCUACCUGGGGUGGAAGGAGUAUAAGGAGGGCUUUGGGAACCUAUCCCAAGAAUUCUGGUGGGGUUUGGAGAAAAUGUGGCAGCUGACAUCAUACCAACAGUACGAGCUUCGUGUUGACCUCGAGGCAUUUGACGGCAGCCGCAGAUACGCUACCUAUCAAGAAUUCCGUAUCUCGUCUGAGCUGGACGGCUACAGACUGGGCUAUACCAGCUACUCGGGAACUGCCGGGGAUGGUCUGCAGUACAGCGUCAAUCAGAAGUUCUCUACCCGUGACCGUGACCAGGAUACCUGGUCUGACGAUAACUGUGCACAGGACCAUCAGGGUGCCUGGUGGUACGGCGGGUGCGGGUGGAGCAGCCUGAACGGACGGUACCUGGACAGCGGUAAUAGGGACAGGACUGGAAUAUGGUGGGUGAAGUGGAGGGGACUGCAGUCACUGAAGAGCACUGAAAUGAAGAUCAGACCCACCUAACUGACGCACACACAGAAGGCGGAUCACCACUGCGAUGUACGUACAGCUGCUGGUGACGCGUUCACAAAGCGACGGUCGAGGCCUUCGACUCUCUGAAGCUGCUGUGUGCGGGCAGAACUCUACCGACAAUCUAAUGUGAAAUUGUACGCCGGAGAACUUAGUGUAGGCUUUUCUACGGACCACAAAUAACGUCUGUAUAUGUGUCUCUAUAUCCAUAAUGCCUGCUUUGUACUGUUAACCAACCACUAUAUGCAUUUGAUAAUCAUUAAAUGUGUGCGGAAAUAAACUUUUGUACCACCGAGAGG